AUGUGGCUGUGGGCCACUGUGGGCAUGCUGAAAGUCUGUUGGAUAUGCAUGAUCAGGCUUCGCACCAUCAUGAAGGACAUCAACUGUCCAGUCUGCAAAGUUCCCUUGACAGAGAUAUCAAUCACACCAGACGGUCGAGCGCCGCCACGAAAUUGUCCAAGAGACGACAAGCUUGGGCUUAUCUACAGCAGCGCCGCCGUGCGCGAGGAUGUAGAUGGAUUGUUUGACUACCGAUGUUGGCAGCGGAGCUGCGCAGACAAAGACGAGUGCUUCCCCACCGUGGAGGCACUUCAACGACACGUACAGCAAGUGCAUCGGCGUCGCUUUUGCGGGACAUGCUUGAGAGGACGCAAAGUCUUCCUGUUUGAGCAAGUGCUUUACUCUCCCGACGACUUGCGAAGACACCAUGAAGAUGGUGACACGGCAGGUAGUGUGGGCCCCGACUUACCAACGUGUCCGCCGCAUGCCUCCUGCAGCUUCUGCAAGACAAGCUUCUACUCAGAAGAGGAUCUCUUCGAGCAUAUGCAGAUGAAGCACCAGCCAUGUGGGCUUUGUGAGAAGCUGGGUAGAAAAGGUGAGUACUACCAAGACUACAGCUACCUGUCCUUGCAUUACGAGGAGGACCACUAUGUAUGCAAGCAUGAGAAAUGCCAUCGUGGCUCAUUGCGACUCAUGGCCUUCAACACCGAAGAUGAGCUGUGGAUCCACGAGGUCAAGGCGCACUCCGUGAAGCUGUCGCAGAAAGCCCGGAGACGGAUCGGGGAUGAAGGCUCUGCCGUAAACAUCUCCAUGGGGGCAACAUCUUACCGCGAGGAGGAGCCCAAAGCAAAGGCGAAGGCAAAGUCAAGUCGCCCAAGCCGCUUUGAUCGCUUGGCCGUUGAGCUGGCCGAGGCCUGCAGCGGAGCGGUCCGCUUCAUGCGCCCUCGAGGGACGCCAAAGGCGCCGGAGGAGGGCGACUGGCCGAAGCUGGAGGGGUUGGGAAGCUCAAGCGCGGAUGUGGAGGAGGACAAUAGGUAUCCUCCACGGCCGGUGCCCAAACCUCGAGCCAAAGCAAAAGGCUCGGCCAAGGCUGCCGACAGGCCGGUGGCGACAUCCGCGACUCCGGUCUCGGCGCACCCGGCGCCCACAGCGCCUCCGGCACGACCUGCCGUAAGCGAGGCCCAUGUGGCUUUGGCAAAUGUCCUUGCCGUGGCCGUGCAGCGCAUUGAUCAGACUGGCAUUGACCAAGUGGCUGGCCUCGAUCAGGAGGAGUAUCGGGCGAAGAAUCGUCGUUUCAAGCGCGACCUGGAGGAGCAGCUUGGCCAAGCAGAGCUGACACGAUUCAAGGAGUGCUCCAUGCAGUACCGCCAAUCCUUGCAAAAUGGGGGCGGCCCAAUAGCAGCGGAGACCUACGCGCAAAGGGUGGUCGAGGUCUUCACCACCACUUUGUCACGCUCCGGUGAGGCUGUGGCUGCCGAGCUCCUCUGCGACCUGGUCGUUCUUCUGCCGGACCAGGUCCCCCGUCAUCUCCUCAGAGACGCGCUGGCGCAGCUGUGCAGCGAGGAGGAGGAUGCGGCUGAGGGUCAAGCCAGCAACUUCAAGGCACCCAAAGCAAAGGCGAAGGCAAAGGCAAAGACAAAGGCGACGGCGAAGUCGCCCAACGUCAAGUCCUCGGUGGCGCUGCCGAGGCAGUUGAAUGAGAAGGUUGAAGCUAUCCCACUGAGCCGGUCAAACCGCGGAGGGGACGGCAAGCCGAGCUUCUUGGCCUCCUUGGAUGCCGUGCUCACUGCCGUGGUGGAUGCCGCCGCAAAGGUGCCUGUGUCUCAACAGGCUUUGCGAAGAAGUGUAAAGCAACUCAAUGUGACGCAGGCAGAGUCCCUGGAACUCUUACACCAGCAUCUCCUUGAUGCUGGUGGGUCGUCGCUGGACUACGAGCCCAUGGACCGUCUGCUGGCUUUAAGACCGCUUCUGCGCCUGAAGCUUCAGGGUGCUGCUGCAGCCUCUGGAGCUUUGGCAGCCGACCGUGCACGAAGCUGGUGGGAGUGGAAGGAAGCAGCUGCCGCGGCAUUGCUCAGACUGGGCAGCCAGGAGCGCCAGUGCGUCCAAAUGUACGUGUCCCUGUGCCUGUCUCAUCUCUGCGAGCUCGAGUCUCGAGUCGCUCCUGAAGCCGCCGGCUACCCACAGGGAGCACCGACCCCUGCCCGGCCCCUGGCGCCGGCAUGGGAGAGGUCUCGGGCAGCGCCAGUGUCCAACGACUUCCCAGCCCUGUCAAGCAACCAGCCCCAGCCACGGCCCAGACAGGCGCGAGCUUGA